CAGUGGCCUGGGAGUGGCCGGCGAGGCAGGACGGUGGCGGCGGCACGCGCGCCUCUCACAUGUCUCCUCUUGUGGCGGCCUGUGGAGCCUGUUAGGGCUACUGUAGAGCCUGUUAGGCCUCCUGUGAUCCUGUUAAGCCUACUGUGGGUGCUCCCCUUGCCCCCCAUCACCUGUUAAGCCAACGGCUCAAUAUUUUCCUAUACAGAGACGUACAUAAACCCUCUUGUGUUCCUGAUGGCAUCUACAUGACCUGCAUAUCACAUUAGUCAUCCCAUUCCCAGAAGUCAUGGCAACUCAAUUGCCACUAAGAAUGCCAGAUAAGAUCUCUGAAGAUGAGAAGAACAGUUUCCGACUGAUCAAGAUGUCGCAGUGCACAGCACGAAAUGUUAUGUACACUAUUUUCCAAUGGGGAACCAUGCAGUCCCCUGGCCAGACACUUGAAGAUUAUCUACUGAACACAAAAGGCUUGACUAAAGUCAGAUACAGAAGUAUUUUUGAUAUCUCUCAAAGGCAGAAAAUGACAUCAAAGGCCAUGGAAAGUACAUUUGAUAUCACUCAUUUGUUUAAGGCCAUAUGCCAUGCAUGCGAUAAGAUUAAUUUAACAAAUAGUGAAAAAAUGAAGCAAAAGAAUAGUUUAGAAAAUUUGGUGGUUUCCAUAAAAAAUUUCAGGAAUGAAAUUAGCCAUUGUAUAUUGGGAAUAACAAAAGAAAAAAUGCUGGAAGAGACCGAUAAACUUUUAGACUUGCUUGAGACAGCAUUAAACGUUGCAGGAGUUAUUUAUACUAGAGACCCAAGCGAGACGUCCAAGAAGGUCGAUGAAGUGAGGGAAGACAUCAAAAAUAUACGAGACCAAGCACUAGCACAGUCAGAUAUACAACAGUAUGAAAAUGAUUUGCUAAAUGAGAAACUGAAAAUGAAGCUAAAGGAAGAAGGCUCAAAAGAACUAAAGAAAAGAUAUGAAAAUUGGUCACUCAUUAACCCUGUAUCUUUCCUUGAAGGACAAAGAAUGAUCAUGAAAGUCAGCACAGUGUUCACUCAGAUUGAAGUUGAGACUGCUAGAGACAAGGCGAAAGGUUCUAUUGUUUCUUAUGAAAAUAUUCUUGAAUUAUGUAGGUAUAAUCCUUCAACCGAAAGCUGGAACCUAAAUAAUGCCCCUGAAAUAUUCCUCAUAGAAGGACCAGCAGGGGCUGGGAAAACUACAUUAGCAAAACUAAUAAAAUCUGAGUGGUCUUCAGGAAGUAGUUCCAUCAAAGGGCUUUAUAACUAUGAUUUGCUUCUUUACAUGGAGUGCCGCAGUUUCUCUCUAUCCUCAUUUUCUCAGCUCUUGAAUCACUUGCUUCCUGUGACAAAUGCCAGAUACUUCAAGGAGGGAGACCUCCAAAAAUAUGUAAUGGACCUUAAAACAUUGGUGAUUGUGGAUGGUCUUGAUGAGCUCAAUGAGUCAUCAGAGAAGCUCUUCAUGGACAUACUAAACCAAAGAUUAUAUAAUUUUGUUGUGAUAUGCACAUCACGUUCAGAAAAAGUGCCUUACUUUGAAACACACGUUCCUCCGGAGUACUGCAUUGCACAUCUGAAGAUAAUUGGAAUUGCCGAGAACAAACGUGAAGAGUUCAUACGAAAAUAUCACGAUGAAAUGCUCAGACAAAGGCUAAGUACACGAAAUACAGAAGACAUUAUUGCAUAUGUAAAAAAGUCAAAGGCUUGCUUUCAUAACCACUUCAGACUUCCCUUAAACUUGGUAGUUCUGGUGUGGCUCUGGGCUGAUGACCCAGUACAACUAAAUUUAGUAACAACUGCUAGUGAGCUAUAUAUUGAAACACACAACUUAAUGAAGAAGAAGCUCAUUGAACGGUUAGCACGUAAUGAAUUGACAUCGCGGGUAGUUACUGAGGAAUUACACAAGAAGGUGGAGCUUUUCUUGAGCAGCAUGUAUCAUGAAGCACUAGUUGCCUUGAGGUGGGACUCUAACGAGAAAUUUUUGCCAGAGUCUCUGACCCGAAUAAGAGCCACCUGUAUUGCAAACAAUCUACAUUUAACGGAAACACUGUCUGCCUUUCUUGUGGUGAAGAUUGUACAUGGUAAAGAACAAGCUAGUGUCCCUCAUAAGUUUCUUCAUGAGUUUUAUGCAUCACUUUGGAUUGUGCAAAAUUUGUUUGAUAAGAAUACAAUAAGAGAGAAUGAUGCAUUCUUACAAAAACUUGCCAGCUUACUUGAAGAACAAAAAGCUGGAUCUGCUGUACAACAGAAUAUUCUUAGUGAUGCUAUGCAAAGAUUAGGUCAAACAAUUACACCUCAGAAACCUGGUGCUAUCCAAGCCAUUUUUAAAGAUCUGCACAGUGAUAAUCCUACCUCACUCAGCAUGUCCAAAUACCGAAAUGUGUUGCUGCAGGUGGCUGGUGUGUUAUACACACAAUAUAGUGCAAAGAUUGAAGAGUGUACUGGCCAAGACAUUGUCCAACUCUUACAUGAAUCAGGACUGGGAAAUACUGAUGAUAAUGAGUGGUUUGAGCUAUUUGAACUUGUCAAGAAUGACUGUGUCAUAAUUAAGUAUGCAUCUAAACAUAUUUGUGAUAGUAUAACAAUUACUGACUGUCGGGUAGAAGCCUCACUUAAGCUGCUUGGAGAGACCAAGCCAAAAGAAAUUAGGGUUUUCAUCGACAGCAAUCAACGUAACAUUGCACAAUUUCCAGAUCUUCUUGAAAUGAUAGCAGAAUGCAGGUGCCAAGUUAAUCUGUACUUCCAGUAUGACUUCCAACACUCUGCAACAUCAGCUUCAAAUGACCAAGAAUUGAAAACAUUAGUUCAAAAGUGUAAAGUGUGGGAGUUUCUUGGGUGCUUGAGUGGAGAAGCCUUGUCCUUGCUGCCUAACACCAUCACCUUCCUAAACUUAACCAUUACAAGUGAUAAUCAUGCAGCUUGUCUUAUGCCUCAGCUGACUAUCACUGUACCUCGACUGCCACUACUGGCGGGCCUAUGUUUUCAUAUCAGGUGUGGAGUGUCUGCAACGUUCCUGACCCAGGUGCCUGCUUCCUGCAUGCUGCUCUGGCUCCUGCUCACGGAUAUAGAUGACAGCAGUCUAACCAGAGCUUGUGAUAUAGCAUCCAAACUACUCCCUAUUGAUUCUAUGUAUAUGGAUAUCAGGUUCCCACGAGCUCGUGUGACAGCAGCAGGAUGGGGGCAGCUUCUUCAGGGUUUUAAAAAGCGUGGAGUGAUUGUAGGUCACAUUACGAUACCAGAGGAUGCCGUUUUCCACGAAGAAGAGUACCAACUGCUCAGGGACACUGCUCAUGCAGAACUGCGAUCUGAUUUUCGGAAGUACAGCAAUGAUAGGAUGUGGGAACCAAUGUUGCACAGCAUGUAGCUCACCUCACAAGAUGAUCCAGGACUUGUUUGAUAGUCUGGAGUAACAUUUGAGCCAGAUCUCGCACAGUGAGUCAGGAUGCUCUCACUACAGAUGACUGUACCUGGUGGUACAGGUACAGUCGUGUCGAAGCCAAGGGUCAUGAUCGAGAUGGUGGACAUGAUUGCCAAACCAUUACCAGUGUCAUUGGUUUAGCUCUGACAUUUUGUACAAAUGAUUGAUUGUAGAUAGUACUUAUCUUCUUUAUUAUAUAAAGAAGAUUUAUUUUUGAAUGAAAGGUAAUUGAAUUAUUUUUUAAUUGAAAGUACAGUAUAAUUUAAUGUGUGUGUAACCUCAGUCUUCAUGAAAGGAAGAAUAUGGUAGACUAAUUAGCUUAUUGCAAUAUGUGUACUGUAAUAAUAAUAAUAAUAAUAAUGUUGUACAGUAAAGUGAAGCAUGUUUAAUGUGACUUUGUCAAGACUGCAAGUCGAUCAGAAAGUAGAUAAUGCAUUUACACAGCACUACUCUUAACACUUUUGUAAUACACAAGUUUUUAAUAAUUUACUUAUAACAUUGUGUGUUUUGUCUUAGUGUGUCUUAGUGUCUGCACAUUUGGUAAUGUAUAGUAUUGCAGGAGAAAGUGUAGACUUGCCGUUGAUCUCUUCAUGGUAUAUAUCUGAAAUAUAGCACCUGGUGUGUAAUUUUUAUCUGUACAAGGUAAUGCCGUCCUCAUUCUGUGUUUAAGGUGAUGUGACAUUAUACUGUAUUUUUGCUCCUUUAUAAUAAAUUUCUCAGUUGAGUUGAUGCCAGGGCAAAUGACCAUAACUUCCAUAUACAGUAUACAGUUUUGAGUAUCAGUGGGAUGAAGGUUAGUUGCAAUUUUUCGGUAUAAUACUGUAUAUCAUUUUAUUUUAACUGUAAUAUUAUUGAAUAAUAUAUACAGUACAGUUUUAGCAAUAGAAUUUAAAUCUCUUAUUAGAUAAUUAUUUGCCACUGAAUAACUAUUUGUCAACUAUAUGCCCAGGGCCAGACCUUCAUAAUACAGUACUCUAUAUGUAAUAAUAACCUCAGUUGUUUACUGAUUAAUGAAUUCAAGAAAUAGAUAAAUAAAGAUGCCCCCCUUUUCA